GAAAGUUGUGGUCUUUUGGGGUAUUGUAAAUACAUUGUGAUAUUGAUAAGCUCAUGAAAAAAUGGUCCUUCAAAUCAGCUUUAUUUCCGUGGGCACCUGUUUGGUUGUUGGUGUGAUAUAUACUAUUAUAUAGUCUUUUGUAAAUGUAACUGUCGUUGAAUCAAGUGAUCGUGCUUUCUCGUUGCCAUCACUCAAGAUGCUCUUAUUUUGUUCUCUUCUCUUUCCCUUCUAGAAAAAUACUGGUUGAAAACUCUUUUGCAUUUGCGUGUAUAUAUAUGUUUUAUGUUACAGCUAGAUGUACAUUGGUUUUUCCUGCUUGUUUUUAUCUUCUCCUCCUGUGUCCUUUAUGUGAUAAUACUGUCUGAGAGUUCAAAGUUUGGCCUUUUUAUUGAAAACUAAGGAACAGUGAAGUAUCAGUUUCUUUCACUUUUCAUUGACCAGAAAAAGAAAAAGAAUAAAAAAAAUGGAAAAAGAAUGUAUUUUUCUAUAAAAGAAAUGCAAAGUAAAAAAAUGAGGGCCCUUCUGUAUUUAAGAAUUCUGCUGUAUAAUUCUAGUGUAGUUGAGCUUCAAUCCCUUCGAAGGUUCCAUUUAUUUUGUACUAAUUGGAAUCUGGGGUGUAACUUGGCUCCCUGUUCUCUUCCUUUAUGUGAGAUUUUUAAAGAUGCACAUAGUUUUCUAAGAGUUUGGUGAGGGAUGUUAUAGAGGUAUGGAAGCCAUGUGGGUGAAUGUGACGUGCUUUUUAUCUCCUGUAUUUGCUGGUGUGUAAAGUAGGGAUUUGCGUGGAUAUCCUUGGAAAUAUCAUCUUCAAAUUCCAUUGGCUGAAUAUUGAGGCAUAAUUAUCAUGGAUCUUCAGUAUGGGAAGUCCUUGGAUACUUCAAAGAAGAAUUCUUGGAAAACCGCAUUGCUUUUAGCAUACCAAAGCCUUGGUGUAGUUUAUGGAGACCUGAGUACUUCCCCUCUUUAUGUCUAUAAAAGCACAUUUGCUGAAGAUAUUCAACAUUCAGAGACAAAUGAAGAGAUUUAUGGUGUUCUAUCCUUUGUCUUCUGGACUCUUACUUUAGUCCCCUUAUUCAAGUAUGUGUUUGUGGUUCUUCGAGCAGAUGACAAUGGAGAGGGAGGUACUUUUGCAUUGUAUUCUCUGAUAUGCCGACAUGCAAAAGUUAGUCUUCUGCCCAACAAACAGGUUGCUGAUGAAGCACUCUCUACAUAUAAACUUGAGCACCCACCAGAGAAAAAGAGCAGCUCAAGAGUAAAAAUGUACCUUGAGAAGCAUAAGGUCUUGCACACUGCUUUAUUAUCCUUGGUUCUCCUUGGUACUUGUAUGGUAAUUGGAGAUGGGGUUCUCACUCCAGCAAUUUCUGUUUUCUCUGCUGUGUCUGGCCUCGAGUUAUCCAUGUCCAACGAACAUCACCAGUAUGCAGUUAUUCCGAUCACUUGCUUCAUUUUGGUGUGUCUUUUUGCACUUCAGCACUAUGGUACUCAUCGGGUCGGAUUUUUCUUUGCUCCAAUUGUGUUAACAUGGCUAUUAUGUAUCAGUGCCCUUGGCUUAUAUAAUAUAAUCCACUGGAAUCCGCAUGUCUAUCAAGCUCUUUCUCCAUAUUACAUGUUCAAGUUCUUGAAGAAGACAAGAAAAGGUGGAUGGAUGUCUUUGGGAGGCAUACUGCUCUGCAUAACAGGCUCGGAGGCAAUGUUUGCUGAUCUUGGUCACUUCUCUUAUGCUGCAAUUCAGACUGCUUUUACCUUUCUGGUUUAUCCAGCCCUUAUAUUGGCAUAUAUGGGCCAAGCUGCUUACUUAUCUCAACAUCAUAAUACGAGUUACCAGAUUAGUUUCUAUGUCUCAGUUCCAGAAAGUGUGAGAUGGCCUGUGCUAAUAGUAGCAAUUCUCGCUUCUGUUGUGGGAAGCCAAGCAAUCAUUAGUGGAACAUUCUCAAUUAUCAAUCAGAGCCAAUCACUUGGUUGUUUUCCUAGAGUCAAGGUUAUACACACCUCUGACAAGAUACAUGGCCAGAUUUAUAUCCCUGAAAUCAAUUGGGUGCUCAUGAUCCUCUGCAUUGCUGUGACCAUUGGAUUUAGAGACACAAAACACAUGGGAAAUGCGUCAGGAUUGGCAGUGAUGACAGUGAUGUUGGUGACGACAAGCCUCACUUCCCUGGUUAUUAUCCUCUGUUGGCACAAACCCCCUAUUAUAGCUCUUUUCUUUCUUCUUUUCUUUGGUUCUAUUGAGUUGCUUUACUUUUCAGCUUCACUCACCAAGUUCACAGAAGGUGCUUGGCUCCCUAUUCUCUUGGCCCUUUUCCUCAUGACAAUCAUGUUUGUAUGGCAUUACGCUACCAUCAAGAAAUAUGAAUUUGAUGUCCACAAUAAGGUAUCGCUAGAGUGGCUUUUAGCAUUGGGUCCAAGCUUAGGAAUUGCUCGAGUGCCGGGUAUCGGCUUAGUUUUUACUGAUCUCACCUCAGGAAUCCCUGCUAACUUUUCUCGUUUUGUCACCAAUCUUCCUGCGUUCCACCGUGUCCUGGUCUUUGUGUGUGUGAAAUCAGUACCUGUCCCUUUUGUGCCCCCGGCUGAGCGUUAUCUUGUAGGCCGUGUGGGUCCUGACUCUCAUCGGUCUUAUAGGUGCAUUGUUCGUUAUGGGUACCGAGAUGUACACCAGGAUGUUGAUUCUUUUGAAUCGGAACUAGUUGCAAGAUUGGCUGAUUUCAUCCGCUAUGAUUGGCAUCGAAGCCAGCACACCAAUUCCUGUACUGAGGAUGAUGCUUCCCACUCUAAUGAAUCAUCAAGUGAAUGUCGAUUAGCUGUGAUUGGAACGGUGUCAUUUUCUUGCACACCACCUUAUGAGAUUGAGGAAAGUGAGCAACCAGCAAGUGUAUCUGUUAGAUUCUCAACAGAAAAUAGUGUAACAGAUGUCAUCGAGAUGGAGCCUGUGCGUGCUGUUGAAAGAAGAGUUAGAUUUGCCAUUGAUGAUAACUCCGAAUCUGAUGUGCGGACUGGUAUGGAGAUGCAGUUACGAGAAGAGCUAGAAGAUCUGUUGGCAGCCCAAGAAGCCGGGACUGCAUUCAUUUUAGGUCACUCACAUGUUCGAGCAAAGCAAGGAUCUUCUAUUUUAAAGAGAUUGGCCAUUAAUUUUGGGUACAAUUUCUUGAGAAGGAAUUGCAGGGGACCAGAUGUGGUACUUAAGGUGCCACCAGUGUCUUUGUUAGAGGUUGGCAUGGUUUAUGUGGUGUAAGCUUCUCACGUAAAGUUGUUUUUGUAGCUUUGUGUCAUAUAAAGAUGAAGUAAAAGAGGCGUACCUGUAGAUUAACUUGUUUAAGUGAGUUUCACCUGCUUUCAUAUAUAUGUGUCUGAUGCAAUAGAGAAAUGAAUUUAGUAUUACGAGAGUGUAGAAGUCUUGCAUCAUUCUCAAAUUGCAUGUCAGAGUCUUGACAACUUGCAAUUACAUCUUACCAAAUGUGGUGUCUCAUCAAUCUAUAUUUCCUUAGCUACUACUAUCAUGUAAAUUUAGUGAAAAUCUUACUUCAAUCAGUCUAUUUACAUUGGUGGAUAUUAACAAAAUCCUUCAGAAAAUUUUGUUCA